GCUCGCUGCGUGAGGCGGCCCCGAAGCCGGCGGUCACGGGAGUCUCCCGGCGCGCCGAGGACGCUGGUUAGUUUCGCUCCGGGUUCCGGCUGCGUUGGGCGUGCGUGCGGCUCGCGAAGACUAUGGCGUCCGGGCCUCACCCGACCUCGACCGCGGCCGCCGCCGCCGCCGCCGCCGCCGCCUCGGCCGUGCCCAGCGCCGGCGGCUCCAGCUCCGGGACCGCGACCACGACGACGACCACGACGGGCGGCAUCCUGAUCGGCGACCGCCUCUACUCGGAAGUUUCGCUCACCAUCGACCACUCGCUGAUCCCGGAGGAGAGGCUGUCGCCCACCCCGUCGAUGCAGGACGGGCUCGACCUGCCCAGCGAGACGGACUUGCGCAUCCUGGGCUGCGAGCUCAUCCAGGCCGCCGGCAUCCUCCUGCGGCUGCCGCAGGUGGCGAUGGCGACGGGGCAGGUGCUGUUUCAUCGUUUCUUCUACUCCAAGUCCUUUGUCAAACACAGUUUCGAGAUUGUUGCCAUGGCUUGUAUUAAUCUUGCAUCUAAAAUCGAAGAAGCACCUAGACGGAUAAGGGAUGUGAUUAAUGUAUUCCACCACCUCCGGCAGUUAAGAGGAAAAAGGACUCCAAGCCCCCUGAUCCUUGAUCAGAACUACAUUAACACCAAAAAUCAAGUUAUCAAGGCAGAGAGGAGGGUGCUAAAGGAGUUGGGAUUUUGUGUUCAUGUCAAGCAUCCUCAUAAGAUCAUUGUUAUGUAUUUACAAGUCUUAGAAUGUGAACGUAAUCAAACCCUGGUUCAGACUGCCUGGAAUUACAUGAAUGACAGUCUUCGCACCAAUGUGUUUGUUCGGUUCCAACCCGAGACUAUCGCAUGCGCGUGCAUCUACCUUGCAGCUAGAGCCCUGCAGAUUCCACUGCCAACCCGUCCCCAUUGGUUUCUUCUUUUUGGCACUACGGAGGAGGAGAUCCAGGAAAUCUGCAUAGAAACACUUCGGCUUUACACCAGGAAAAAGCCAAACUAUGAAUUGCUGGAAAAAGAAGUAGAAAAAAGAAAAGUAGCCUUACAAGAAGCCAAAUUGAAAGCCAAAGGGUUAAAUCCUGAUGGAACUCCUGCCCUUUCAACCCUUGGUGGAUUUUCUCCAGCUUCCAAACCAUCAUCACCGAGAGAAAUAAAAACCGAAGAAAAGUCCCCAGUCUCUGUUAAUGUGAAGACAGUGAAGAAGGAACCUGAGGACAGGCAGCAGGCCUGCAAGAGCCCUUCCAAUGGUGUAAGAAAAGAAAGCAAGAGAAGUAGAAAUAGCAGAAGUGCAAGUCGAUCAAGGUCAAGAACUCGAUCAAGGUCUAGAUCGCACACUCCACGGAGACAUUAUAACAAUAGGCGGAGUCGAUCUGGAACAUACAGCUCGAGAUCAAGAAGCAGGUCCCGCAGUCACAGUGAAAGCCCUCGAAGACAUCAUAAUCAUGGUUCUCCUCACCUUAAGGCCAAGCAUGCCAGAGAUGAUCUAAAAAGUUCAAAUAGACAUGGUCAUAAGAGGAAAAAAUCCCGCUCUCGAUCUCAGAGCAAGUCUCGGGAUCACUCCGAUGCUGCCAAGAAGCACAGGCAUGAAAGGGGACACCAUAGGGACAGGCGUGAGAGGUCGCGCUCCUUUGAGCGGCCUCACAAAGGCAAGCACCACGGGAGCAGCCGCUCAGGACACGGCAGGCACAGGCGCUGACACCGCCCUGGCCCCGCAGCCUUCCUGGCUGGGCUGUCUGCAGUGCGAUGAGUGGAUGCGUCAGUAAAGGCAAACCAAUUAGGAUUUGAUUUUUUUAAAAAAGAAAAAAAAAAGCUGUCUAGGUCUAGAAACACGGAGGACAUUUUCUUUUGAAAAGAACUAUGUUAAUCCUUUUUUUUUUUUUUUUUUUUUGCACAUUAAAUGCCCUAGCAGUAUCUAAAUUGAAAACCAUGGUCAGGUUCAAUUGUACUUUAUUAUAGUUCUGUAUUGUUUAUUGCUACAAGAACUGGAGGGUGAAUUCUGUAAAAAAAUGUAUCUUAUUUUUAUACAGAUAAAAUUGCAGACACUGUUCUAUUUAAGUGGUUAUUUGUUUAAAUGAUGGUGAAUACUUUCUUAACACUGGUUUGUCUGCAUGUGUAAAGAUUUUUACAAGGAAAUAAAUACAAAUCUUGUUUUUCUAAACUGCUUCAAAUAUCUUAUUUAAAUAAAUUAUUAAAAAGCAAGUUUACCAGUAAAAUGGCUGUACUGAUUUAUGACAAACUUUUCUGUUUUCCAUUAGGGAUAGCUUGAGGUUAUUAAAGCGCAGUUUUUCUCUGUAUUGAGCUAUCUGGAUGCAGCAAAUGGCAGUGACCCAACAGUGUAAUGUUAAAUGCUGCAACACUAAACUCAGAACUUAAUUUUUACUUGAAUUGGGAGCCGAAGGGAAUUUCAAGUCAAUUUUAACCAUUUCCAAGGGAAGCUCCCUGAAGAAGCAAACUUUUAAACAUGACCAUAAACAGGACUCAGUUUUCAGCUUAUAAGUUUUUCUGUUUUAAGACAUUGAAUGAUAGGAUUUCUUAGUUGAAAGGCUCAGAAUCAGCAAGGGUUAGGUUGAUCCUGUAUUUGUAGAUUGAUUCCCUGAAGUGACCCUCGUAGGCUAGGCUAAGAGCA